UUGCGUUCAUGUUUAAUAAUAUUAUGUAUGUAUUCAUAAAAAUGCAAUAUUUUUUCAAAUGUGCAGUGUGUCUGGUGUUUGUAGUAUUUCACAUUAUUUAUUGUUGGAAUUGGAAUGAUGUGUAUGACAAUCUUCCAACUAUUCACAUUAAAACUAAAAUAGGAAGCCAAGUGACGAUGGUUUGUGAAGAUGAUCUUGAGCUGGAACUUGUUGAAUGGAUACAUAACGACGACAAAAUUUUUUACCCAGAUGAUUCCGAAAUAAUCAACAUCGAUUGGGUAAAUGGAAGCAAUAUUAACCUGACCAUAAAUAGCGAAGAAGACGGUGGAAAAUGGGAAUGUUGGAAUUAUGGUUUUCUUGUCAACAGAUAUCAAAUUGAAGUAAAACCUACCAUAAACAUAUUUAAAAGCAAUGUCACAGAAGUAACCUUUCCGACUACUAAAGAAGGAUCAUACUCGAAGAACAGUGCUAAGUCCUACGCAAAAACAAACGAGACAAGUAAGAAGUCAUCAUUAAAAUCAUCAUUAGCAUCUUCAGAAAGUGUUAAUAAGUCAUUAAGUGAUUCAAAUUUAACACCUAUUUCUCCAGACCAACACAAUCUUUUUGUUGAAGAAAAAGAUAUUAAAGUAGUACCGGUAGAUAAUACUUUACAUAAAACUGCAUCUAAUAAACUUCCCGAAAACGAAGCCAACCUAUUGGUAGAUGACUUGGUGAAAACUUUAUAAUAUAUUAGUUUAAAAAAUCCAUAUUUUAAAACUUAAAGUAAUGAUGGUUUUUCUUUUGUUAACACUACGGAUACGAUUUUAUUUUUGCU